AUGUCACUAGUUGAAGUGAAAAAGAAGGAGACCAGGUUAUCAGACCUCAUUGAUUAUAGGAUACGAGUAACAACGCAUGAUGGCAGAGUAUACAUUGGACGACUUAUGGCAUUCGAUGCCUACAUGAAUCUUGUAAUGAGUGAUUGUAUAGAAGAAAAGGUUAGUCAUAAGCAUAUCAAACAGGUACAAAAAAGCGGAGGAGACUUGUCUACGAAUAUUCAAUUAGAGACAAGAACUUUUGGUUUAAUGAUACUUCGUGGGGAGCAUGUUUUAAGCACUUCUGUCGAAUCACCUCCUCUAUUGUCAAAGCAAGAACGGAUUAAACUGGAAAAAAAGAACACAAAGAAACUAAGCAAUCAGAAGAAGGCUCGCAAAGGAACGGGCAGUGACAAUGGCGCAAAUAAGAACAAAAAUGGCAACAAUAAUAGCAAUACUAGCACAGAAAGUUCAAAUAAAGUGAACAAACCUGCUCAUAAACGACUAAAUACCGAGGUAAAGAACGGUAGCAGAUUCAAUCCAAACUCUCAAGUCCGCCCUAGUAGGUUCCAAGCGCCACCUGGUUUCAAAAAGAGGACGUAA